AUGAAGGUGACCGGGGCUGCAGGUGGAUUAGGUCGUGCUUUAGCACUUGAACUUGCCAAACUCGGUUGCCAUAUAGCCGUGGUAGAUGUUAACAUAGAAGGCGCCGAGGAAACCGUUAGACAAAUUCACGAGAUAUCCAAAGUAAAAGCCAAAGCUUAUAAGGUGAAUAUUACCAGUUUUGCUGAAGUAUCUGAUCUUGAGGCAAAUGUUGUGCGAGAUCUUGGUUCGGUUACAAUUUUUAUUAACAAUGCAGGCGUAAUUUUGUUGCACAAUCCUUUAGAUCCUGAACCGGAUGAUGUGCAACGAAUGAUUAAUGUUAAUUUGACUUCGCACUUUUGGACGAAGGCUGCAUUUCUGCCCACUAUGAAGAGAUUGCGCAAAGGACAUAUAGAAACCAUAACCUCAGCGAUCAGUCUAUUUCCCUUGGCUUACAAUACUGCUUAUACUGCCAGCAAAUGUGGUGCAACCGCUCAUAUGAAGACGCUGCGCUUGGAAUUAGCUCUGGAGAAACAGAAUGACAUCCAUGUCACAACGGUAUUGCCAAUGUUUCUGGACACCAACGAUGAGGUCUCUAAACUUGGCUGUGCUAUUAAGGCGAAUCGAGUUUAUCCCUUGAUUAAAGGAAAAACGGCAGCUCGUCGGAUAGUUAAGGGAAUGCUCGCUGGAGAAAGGGAAAUCAAACUACCAUAUAUUUUGGAUAUAUUACAUCGAAUUUGGAAGUAAGU